GUAAAUUGUUCUGUUAAACCCUAGUAGGGUUUAAGAAGAUUGAUUGCUGAAGUUAAGCGCCCCAAAAAAAUCGCUUACCAAAACUCUCUCAUACGUUUAUAAAGUCAGGUAUUCUCCUAUUUUUGAAGUUACUAUGAUAAACUUCUUGAAAACCCAAUUUUUAUCACUUGAUAAUGGUGGAUUUUCUGUACAAUUCAACCGCUGAAGAGGUUGAAGAUGAUAAAAAAAGCCAACCUUUUUCAGACCCUUUAAGCCUACUAUCUAUCCCUGAUUUUGACGAAUUUUCUUUGUCUUUUGCUGAUUCUCUUCUUGAUUUUGAUUCCCUCAGUGAUUUGAUGUCGGAUAGUCCUAUGGCUGAUAGAAAUCAAGAAUCCCUUGAGCUUGAUUCUGUAGAAGUUGAGUUCAGGAGUAAUGAUGGAGUUUCUGAGAAAUGUGAUAUUCAAACUGAGGACCCUUUGAGUUGUUUGAAUCAAGAAAAGUGUGUUUCUGAGAAAUGUGAUAUUCAAACUGAGGACCCUUUGAGUUGUCUGAAUCAAGAACAGAGUCAAAUUGGGGUUUUUAAGAAUGGGAUGAAAGUUGAGGACUUUGAUUGUAUAGUUGAGGAGAAGAUGGGAAGAGUUAGUAUAAGUGGGACAGAGGAUGAAAGAGUGGUUGAUCAAGCUGGCGUUGGCAAUGUUAGUGGCAGUGUGGUGGCGGCGGCGGUGAUUAGCAAGAAUGAGGAGACUGAUAAUAAAGUUGUCAUCAGUAGUAAGGCUGAGGAAAGAAUUGUGAAUGAUACGGGUGUUAAUGGAAAUGGAAGUACAGUGAGUAAUAGUGAUACGGAGUCUGAAAGUGAAAGUGAAGCCUCUUCCUCGGCCUCUAGUAGUGACAGCGAUGAAGACGAGAGUAGUUCAAAUGAUGAAGCAGAAGAGAAGGUGGAUAUGGAAGAAGGCGAGAUUGUAGCAUCUGAUGUCGAUGAGAUGGUUGGUUGGGAUGACGACGACGAGGACACUGGUGUUAAGGGACCUAUCAGGUCUAAGAAUGAGGUUCAGGUUCUACCCCCAGUUCCGGAAGUGACUGCAACCUUGCAACCACAUCACCAGAUGCAGCCUGUAGGAGUUGUGACAUCGACUAUUGGGGCCCAAGUUGUAGUAGAAGGAGUGGAGAAGCAUUCUCCUCUUUGUGAUGGUUCUAUUCUCUGGAUAACAGAAAACAGAUCUCCACUCGGUAUAGUAGAUGAGAUUUUUGGGCCUGUCAAGAACCCGUACUACAUUGUAAGAUACAAUUCUGACAACGAAGUUCCCCCUGGAAUCCACCCAGGCACCUUGAUCUCUUUCGUCCCUGAAUUUUCAAGUCAUAUCUUAAAUGACAACAGUCUUUACAAGAAAGGGUAUGAUGCAUCUGGUGAAAAUGAUGAAGAGGCGUCUGAGGAUGAAUUUUCAGAUGAUGAGAAGGAAGCUGAACACAGGAGAAUGCUAAAAAUGAAAAAGAGGGGCAUCACAAAUGACCAGAAACCAGGAAACAAGAAGAAGGACAAAAGGAAUCUUAAAAAUCGAUCACAGAACUGGAAACAUGAUCAAGGUGUGGCUACAGAUGUGCAACAUGAAAAUGGUAAGCCAUCAGUUGACCAAAGUCCACGCUUUAUCCCAGCUGCUGCUGCUCCUGUGGUUCAAGGCAUUCAUCAAAGCGCCACUCGUCAAGGACAUGGACAGAGUAUCAGGCCUCCAUCAGUUCCUCCAUUCCCUCAUAUGCAAAAUUCCCCUGGCUUAGCAUCACCGUCAACUGGAGUUUGGCCUAAUGGAUUCCCAUAUCAACAGCCCCAGAAUAUGGGCUUUCCUAACACACUGCCAAAUAUGGGUAUGUCAUGGCCCCAACAAGGUCAUCCACAGCAAAUGUUUCAAAUGCCUUUGCCAAAUGCAUUACCUUUUGAGCAGCAAAUAAAUCCAACUCUUCCGCCUAGCUUUAUAUUCCCAGGUGGACUACCAAAUUUUGGUGCAGGGCCAUCAUUUGGACCUUGGCCUGCCUUUGGACAAAAUGUUUUUAAUCAAUCACCUAUGGCGAUGGGCUUACCAGGCCAAUUUACUCCUGCACCCAUGAAUUUGGGAGGUCAGGUACCAGCGAAUGGACCACAAUCAGGACAGAACAAUAAUUCACAACCAAAUGCUGUGGUUCCUGGGUAUCUUAAUGGCUCUCCAAACUUCAAUCAAGGACAAUCACCUUCGCCAAUGGGCUUACCAGGCCAAUUUACUCCUUCACCCAUGAAUUUGGGAGGUCAGGUACCAGAGAAUGGUCCAAAAUCAGGACAGAACAAUAUUAAUGUCUCUCCAAACUUCAAUCGAGGCGCUCAUUCUGGUGGUGGUCGGAGAGGAAAUCACAGGGGUGGUGGCCGUUUUGGUGGUAGGAGAGGUAGGUCACAACGUAACUGAAGUUUUGGAAGCCUUUACUUUGUAACUUCCAUUAGAAAGGUAGUAUGGUAGUUUUAUUGUUUUACUUUUCCCUUCUACUUUAGGGGGUCAAGUGUGUGUAGGACUAUCCACCUUAUGUAAUGAAUUUUGUCCCAAAUUCGAAAUGUUUGUUUUCCACCA